AUGAUGCCCUCGCCUAGCGAUUCCAGCCGCUCGCUGACUAGCCGGCCUAGCACCCGGGGCCUUACACACCUCCGCCUCCACCGACCCUGGCUACAGGCCCUGCUCACGCUGGGGCUGGCUCAGGUGCUCCUGGGCAUCCUGGUGGUCACCUUCAGCAUGGUGGCCUCCUCCAUCACCACCACCGAGAGCGUCAAGAGAUCCUGCCCAUCUUGGGCUGGGUUCUCGCUGGCGUUUUCCGGGGUUGUUGGCAUCGUUUCUUGGAAGCGGCCGUUCACUCUAGUGAUCUCCUUCUUCUCUUUGCUCUCCGUGCUCUGCGUCAUGCUCAGCAUGGCUGGCUCCGUUCUCUCCUGUAAAAACGCUCAGCUGGCCCGAGACUUCCAAGACUGCGACUUGGAUGGAAAGGUCUGCGUGUGCUGCCCCUCUGUUCGUCUUCUCCGGCCCUGUCCAGAGUCGGGGCAGGAACUGAAAAUUGCUCCUAACUCCACCUGUGAUGAAGCCCGAGGGGCCCUCAAGAACUUACUCUUCAGCGUCUGUGGGCUCACCAUCUCUGCCGCCGUAAUAUGUACCCUCUCUGCCAUUGUCUGCUGCAUCCAGAUCUUCUCCCUGGACCUUGUGCACACGUUGGCCCCUGAACGCUCAGUCUCAGGCCCUCUGGGGCCUUUGGGCUGUACCUCCUCGCCCCCAGACCCUCUCCUGCACACCAUGCUGGACCUGGAGGAGUUUGUACCGCCUGUGCCCCCACCACCCUACUACCCCCCAGAGUACACCUGCAGCUCGGAAACAGAUGCGCAGAGCAUCACCUACAAUGGCUCCAUGGACAGCCCAGUGCCCUUGUACCCUACUGAUUGCCCCCCUUCUUAUGAGGCCGUCAUGGGGCUACGAGGAGACAGUCAGGCCACUCUCUUUGAUCCUCAGCUGCAUGAUGGCGCCUGCAUCUGCGAGCGAGUGGCCUCCAUUGUAGACGUGUCCAUGGACAGCGGGUCUCUGGUGCUCUCAGCCAUCGGCGACCUCCCCGGGGGCUCCAGCCCGUCGGAGGACUCGUGCCUGCUGGAGUUGCAGGGCUCCGUGCGCUCCGUUGACUACGUGCUCUUCCGCUCGAUUCAGCGCAGCCGCGCCGGCUACUGCCUCAGCCUGGACUGCGGCCUUCGGGGCCCCUUCGAGGAGAGCCCCCUUCCCCGGCGGCCCCCGAGGGCAGCCCGCUCCUACUCCUGCUCUGCCCCCGAAGCCCCGCCCCCACUGGGCGCCCCCACAGCGGCCCGCAGCUGCCACCGGCUGGAGGGCUGGCCGCCUUGGGUGGGACCCUGCUUCCCCGAGCUGAGGCGGCGGGUCCCCCGGGGAGGCAGCCGGCCAGCUGCGGCCCCUUCCCCCCGAGCCCCGGCUCGCCGCUUCAGCGACAGCUCAGGUUCCCUCACCCCGCCGGGGCACCGGCCUCCUCACCCGGCUCCCCGGCCACCACUGCUGCUGCCUCGGUCCCACAGUGACCCGGGCAUCACCACCUCCAGCAACACCGCUGAAUUCAGGGACCUUUAUACCAAAGUGCUUGAGGAAGAAGCUGCUUCCGUUUCCUCUGCAGAUACAGGGCUCUGCUCUGAAGCCUGCCUCUUCCGUCUAGCCCAUUGCCCUUCCCCCAAGUUGCUCCGUGCCCGCUCAGCAGAGAAGCGGCACCCUGUGCCCGCCUUCCAGAAGGUCCCCCUGCCCUCGGGCCCUGCACCUGCCCACUCCCUGGGGGACCUGAAGGGCAGCUGGCCAGGCCGGGGCCUGGUCACCCGUUUCCUCCAGAUGUCCAGGAAGGCCCCAGAUCCCAACGGGAAUGGAGCCCAUGGGCAUAAGCAGGUGCCCCGGAGCCCCUGGGGCCGGCCAGGCCGAGAGAGCCUUCACCUUCGCAGCUGCGGCGACCUGAGUUCCGGCUCCUCCCUGAGGCGCCUCCUGUCGGGCCGUAGGCUGGAGCGUGCUACCCGUCCCCACAGCCUCAGCCUCAAUGGGGGCAGCCGGGAGACCGGGCUCUGA